GGUCAAUAUUGCUUUUGCUCCUCCGUCCUGUAUGUUUGGGUCUCUAAUCGUGAUUACUGGGCAUGAUUGUGUGGUGUAAUCGACGACGAGUGGGAAUCCAAAAAUUUUAUGAAAAUCAAAACGAGCUUGUGAAAGCUUGGAAGGAUGAUGAGAAGGUUCUCAACACAGCUGUUGAUCACGAAGCCAAAGCUAAAAAGGACCAGCGAACGAAGGUUUGGGACACACGACUAGCCACGAUUACCAUUGUUCUGAACGUCGCUCUUAUUAUAGCUAAAACAACAGCAGCGAUUCUGUCGGAUUCGCUAUCCGUUAUUGCAUCAGUGGUUGAUAGCGCCAUGGACAUCACAUCAGGGCUGGUGCUGUGGUUCACAUGCCGCCUGAUCGAAAAAUCCAACAAAGAUCAUUAUCCCGUUGGUUUGAACAGGCUUGAACCUCUCACCACUCUCAUCGUCGGAUUGAUAAUGGUAUUCGCCAAUGUGCUAGUUCUGGAGGAAGCUGCUAAAGACUUUGUUACCGGCGAUAUUCAUCCACGAGUUGGGAUAGCAACGCUUGUGAUUUUAUGUACAGGCACAGCUAUCAAAGCAGUGUUGUUCAUCGUACUGCGAUCAAGGAAUACCUCAACUAGUCGUGUGCUAGCGAUUGAUCAACGAAAUGAUUGCAUAACGAACGUCGUCGCUCUUGGUGGGGCAUAUUUGGGACAUGGAUGGUGGAAAUACGCGGAUCCAAUUGGUGCAACACUCGUCAGCGGAUUCAUAGUAAUCACAUGGCUGAUGACUGUUCGGGAGCAAGUACCACUUCUCAUAGGAAAGACUGCAAGUCCACAGCUGAUUAACCGCAUAAUCAACGUAGCGAUAAGUCACGAUGAUCGAAUCAAGUACUUGGAUACUGUAUAUGUCUACCAUUUUGGAGCAAACUUUCUAGUUGAACUGCAUGUGGUAAUGGACCGCCAGAUCUCCCUUUGCGACGCACAUGACGUAUCCGAGACUUUGCAAAACAAGCUCGAGCAGUUGUCUUUUGUGGAGCGAGCAUUUGUGCACUGCGACUACCAGUUUGAUGGAGAUGAGCAUUGGAGGACGUCUCGUCUUACGACAAACCUAGAAAGAAGAUCACUUUCUGAUCUGGUGGAACACUUGUGAUUCUCUUUUGGCAGGAAGAACUGUAAUCUGUGAGCUCAAAUGAGGCCAUGAUUACUGCCAAGGUGUUUUAUCC